GUCGCCGCGAGCGCAUCUCUGAGCUGUCACAUCUGACGUUUCAAUCUGACAAGCGCGCUCCAUUCGUAGUUCAAAUUGGUUAUGAGACAGUAAUUAGUGUAAUAAGUAAACAUGGCGUUCGAAGACCGCUGCAGCCCGAACCAAGCGAACAGCCCUGGCCCCGUCACCGGACGCGUGCCAGCAUUGCAUACAAAUCAAAUGCAAUACCAAAAUCAAUACACCUGCACCACGAUAGAUAGAUUUGACAGGACGAUCAAAGUGUCGAACUCACCUCCACCCAGCCCAGACCAAGAGUAUUACUACAGGCCAGAAACGCCAGACGUGAAGCCAAUAAUACCAGAACGAUUCGAGCCAGACAAACGCAUGCAGCCGACGGCGCCGAUCGCGUUCUCAAUAUCGAAUAUCCUACACCCGGAGUUCGGUUUGAACGCGAUUCGAAAAACUAACAAAAUAGAAGGACCAAAAGCGGCUGGGCCUAACCAUUCUAUUUUAUAUAAACCGUAUGAAGCUAGUUCAAAAUUUGAUUUUUUGAAAUCUCAUGACGAUUUUGGUUCGUUACCUCCGCUUGGCGGCUUACGUCAAACGGUGUCCAACAUUGGAGAGCAGAAAGAAAAAGAAGUACCAAAGAGUUUAGAGCAAAGGAGGCCGGAUUCCGCCAGUUCAAUAGUUUCCUCAUCUAGUGGUGCGUCCACACACAGCACAGAUACGAACAGUCAAUCCUCGUCUGGCACACAACUAUGGCCUGCCUGGGUGUAUUGUACUAGAUACAGCGAUAGACCUAGCUCUGGUCCCAGAAGUAGAAGAAUGAAGAAGAAGAUGACAGCAGAAGAGAAGAGACCAAGAACGGCGUUCAGUGCAGCGCAACUCGCUAGAUUAAAGCACGAGUUCGCCGAGAACCGCUACCUCACGGAACGACGGCGGCAGGCGCUGGCCGCGGAGCUCGGGCUGGCGGAGGCGCAGAUCAAGAUCUGGUUCCAGAACAAACGCGCCAAGAUCAAGAAGGCGUCGGGCCAGCGCAACCCGCUCGCGCUGCAGCUCAUGGCACAGGGACUCUACAAUCAUAGCACGGUGACUGAGAGCGAGGAUGAAGAGAUUAGUGUUACGUAGUUGUGUAGAGAUAGAGUUAUGUUGUGUGAGUCAUAGAGAAGAACAUAUAGAUAGUGUUACAUAGUUGUGUAGAUAUAUAGAGUUAUGUUGUGUGAGUCAUAGAGAACAUAUAGAGUGUUAAGAGGGGACAUGUAGAGAGGGUCGCGAGGGAUCAGUGUCACGUAGAUUGUCAUGUAAACACAAAAAAUUUGUGCGUGUACCUACACACGUAAGAAGUGAAACUUCUUUAUGACCUUAUUUUUGAAAAAAUAAUUUACUAUAAUAUGCAACUUUACGGAAAUACGUUUUUUUCGAACCCCGAUAAAGAAGUUUCACUUCAUAAUGUAGAGUCAUGUAGAAAGGGAUGUUUCACGUGGAGAGUGUUAUGUAGAGAGUGUCACGUGGAGUGCAACAUAGAGGAUAUCAUGUAGAGUUUUGUGUCGUGUGGCACACAGUGAUUUAUAGA